GUGGUCCUUGCUUUAUCAUUUUGUGUGCAUUUGAUCCUGCAUAUCACACCCACACAAACACGCGUGCAGCACUGCCUUGACAUGGCGGCUGUCGCGAAUGUGAAAGAAGUCCUUGGAGAGAGUCUGACUUUCUAUGUUUCAGAGUUGUUCAAAAAUGACUAUGUACAUCCUUUCAUGAACAUUGAUGUCUCCGUAGUACCUGAUAGCGUCAAGCCAAUUCCUCCGCAGUGGGUCAAUGAUGUGGAGCUUGACGAGUUCGGGGCGGAGAUGGGUGAUGUCAUUGGCGAAGGCCCGAUCUUAUCUUGGAGUGCUGAGGAGCGGAAACAGCGCUAUCUCAGUGCCUUGCGUCGCUUAGAGCUCGCAGAGGAGAUGCUCAGCUCAAGGAGAAUAACCGGUUUGAGCAAAUCAGAGCUCAGCCACGAAAAGAAGCGUGUCAAAGCGGAGCUGAAGCGCUAUGACACGGAUUGGAAGAAACAGUUCAAGGUGCUUCCAAAUCAUUCACAGAAGGAGGUGAUGAGACCUUUGUAUUUGUACUACAGGCGGUUGAAGAACCAGCUCGCCAGUGCAGACUCAGGAGGAGCACGAGAACAAGACAGCGAUGAUGACUUGCUGGCCAGACCUGGAAGCGAUUCGCGAUCGGGAAGUAACAAGAGGUCUUCCCGAGAAAAGGCGGAACAACAAAUCGGGCAGUUGGAGGCACGGGCCAACUCACUCCAGCAGGAGAAAGGUGCGAUUCGAGCCAAACUCAAAGAGUUCCAAGAAAAUUUCGUUCUUCAACAUCACCGCAAGAUCCGGUUUCACAAGGAUAUUCUGCCGAUCGAGAAGGAAUACCGCUUGUACAAAAACAUCAAAGAAGAACUCCAAAAGGUGGAGUCUCAAUUGCGCAACUUGCGUGGAAAUAUUGUUCUAUGAAUUCAUGCAUUGCAAAAAA